AAUUGCAACGUUUUUAUUAGCCAGCAGUGGAUCCCAAAGCAAAGCCAGACACCCUUUCGUCGCCGCCGCUAGUCUAGUCAUCGUCGGACAUAUACAUCAAUGGAGACGCAGCAGAAAGCUCAAGCUGAAAACCCUCCAAAACCGGCCAUGUCUUCUUGUAGAAAGAAGGCAAAGGAUGAUGCCAAUUUCCUAGAAGACGUUAAGGAUCACAUCGACGAAUUCAUCAAUGCGUCAAUGGAUGAUCACAAGAAUUGUUUCAACAAGACCAUCAAGAAGAUGUUUGGAUUAUCAAAGGCUGUUGCAGAGAAGCAGGAAGCUGAGGCUAAAGGAGUCGAGAGUUUUUUGCCUCUUCAGACAACAAUUUCGGAUUAGAGAAACUUAUGAAAAUCAAGCUAACAUGAUCUUGGUUCGGUUUACUUUUGGUUGGUUUAUCAUUGUUUAUGGGAUCCGAUCUGCCCAUCUAUUACAGUAAUUAAAUUGAAGAUGACAAUUAGUCAUUGCCUAA